UAGCAAUAUGUUUUACUGUGUGUCACGUGACUUGAGAUAAAUGAUUAUUUUAUUGAACGAACGUUUUCAUGUGCUGUAUAUUUAUAUAAAAUAUAAAGCAUGAGUGAAACUGAUCAGGAAUUGAAACAAAUCAAACAAACGGAUGAUGUUCCGAAGAAAUACGUGGCGGUGGUUUACCAUCACGUGAGCUAUCAGAACGAGGAAGGCGUUGUCUCCCCGGGGGAUGGCAACGUAAUAUCUGUUGGUGACAACGAUGGCUCAUGUAAACUGGUAAGUACACACCAGAAGAAACAUGUCAACGUGCCGGACUAUUUUCCUCUGUCAGUAUUGUCACUUGUGAUCUUCAUUCCAAUCGGUCUUGCUGCUAUUGCUAACAGUCUAAAAGUGAGGAAAGCAAUCAAACUGGACGACAAACCGAAUGCCAUCGAUGCUUCCAACUGGGCAUUGCAGCAUGCACUAACUGCCAUUUUUGUCGGCCCUCUACUAGGAUGCUUCUUGUGCCUUAUAAUAUUUCUAACUAUGUAUCAAGCACAUUUGUGAAUUUUACUGUUUAUCUUAUCUAUUUGUAUUAAAGUAUUAGGCCAUCAUCAGUUGCAUUAACUGGUGGGUUUUGUAA